AUGUCGAAUGAAGAUAAUGUAUCUGCUGUUGAAUCACUUAUUGUUAAUGAUAAAAAUAAACUUAUUGAAUUGAAUAAAAAACUGGAUCGAGAAAUAAUUUCUUUUGGUUAUUUAAAAGAAUCUAUCGAAAUAAUUGCAUAUAUUAUGAAGAUAUUAUUUAAACUUGAUGAUUUUGAAAAACAAUUAACUAAUAUACAAACAUCAAUUGUUGAAUUCGAAGCCUGGUUUAGUCAUAAUUAA